ACCUCAUUACUUUUGCGUUAAUUAAUGGCGGUAGCGCUUGCGUGAUGCCGGUUGUAUGUUAUUAUUACUUCUGAAUUGGCGUCUUUUAUUGAAAGUUAGCGCCUCGGUUGUUUUCAGCAUCUAGUAAUCUUGCUGUAAAACGUAAAAAUGGUUGCCCAGAAGAGAGGUCGUGGCGCCAAAGCUCAAGCCGCGAAAGCUAAGGCGGCAACUCAAGCGGAGGAAGUUCCUCAGCCCGAGGUUGAAGCGAUGGAAGGGACUGAAGAAAACAAUGGACAAACAGAGUCAGCGGAACAGGGCGACGAAGGCCCCGUGAAUGAAGAGACCCAAGAAACACAAGAAAAUGACCAGAGCCAGGAGAACGCGGAAAACGAGACCAAGUCCGAAGAACAGAAGGAAGAAAAGGUGGAAUCUGGUAAACUGUUGGUUGAAAACCUGCCAUCAAGCUUUCUCUUUGACUAUCAAGAAAAACUUAAAGAGAUAUUCUCAAAACAUGGAGAAGUUAUCAACGUAAAACGUGGUCCAAUCAUUGUUACUGAACUGACCACAACUCCGACAUUAUCGGCUAUAGUCGAAUUCAAAAACAAAGAAUCUAUGGAAAAGGCGCUGUGCGAGGACGGCGCGGUGGUGGAGGGCAGCGCCAUCUCAGUGGCGGCGGAGUCCCGCGGGGAGACGGCGGUGCUGGUGGGCGUGCCCUACGAGGCCAGCACUGACUACGUGCGGCUGCUGUUCGCGCAGUGCGGCGAUGUCUCACACAUACACGAGUUCAGCAAGACCAAGUACAAAAUAUUGCGCGUGACGUUCUUCGAGAAGGAGGCUGCGGAGAAGGCGCUGAAGCUAGACCGCGAGCUGCGCAUCAACGGUUUCCUCGUCACCAUCACCAAGUUCCGCGACGAGGAGGAGCAGAAGGCGCAUGCCGCCAACUCCAGCAAGAACAAGCGGCAACACUCGCAGCAGGGCGCGCGGGGGUCGGCGGGGGGUGCGGCCGCGCCCGCCAGCCCCAACGCGCGCUCUAACAACUACCGCGCGCGCGGCUCCAACAACAACUUCAACGCACGCGGUAACUUCAGAGGAGCGCGCGGGCGCGGCUUCGGAGGUCGCGGCGGUGCGUUCCCGCGCGGAGGCUUCGCCCCCGUCAACACGUACAUGCCGCCACAGCCCUUCAUGGGCCGUCCGGGCGGCUUCAUGAACGACGGUCAGCGGCCGAACAAACGGCUGCGGCAGAUGUAACGCGGCCUGCCCUAGGUCCCGCGGGCCGUGCAGUGCGCGUGUCGUGCAGUGCGCGUGUCGUGCCCGCGUCGUGUCGUGUCGGUGUCGUGCGCGUGACGUACGCCUUGUGUCGUGUGUGUGUGUGAGCGUCCUACAGACUACAGUGACAUGUCGCAGUAUCAGAUAAAUCUAGCUAAUUGUAUUUACUCUUAAGUACACCAGAUAAUGUAAUUGUAAAACUUACUGUCUUUUGACAUGUAAUAAAUAUGUACUAACAUUCAAA